AUGGAUAGCUUUAUCCAGUCGAUCAGUCGACCGGAGGUUGGCUGGUUGUGUUUGGGUGUAUUGGCCCUGGGCUAUUGUAUGUUGCCGAGACCGACAUACCGGACCAAGGUUGCUGUUCCCACCGUCAAGUUUGGCUCUCCCUGGCUACCAUCACUUUUGAGCCGGCUCGAAUUUAAUUCCAACGCUGUCAAAGUGAUCUAUGGCGGCUAUCGCCAGUAUAAAAGCCGCGCCUACAAAAUACUCAAGCCAGAUGGAGACCUGGUAGUGUUAUCGACCAGAUAUGCCGAAGAACUACGCCAACUGCCCUCGAGCUCCUUGAAUGCUCUCGAGGCAACCUUUACGGAUCAUGUCGGAGACUACACGACAAUCCUCACCGACAGUUAUCUGCACACAGAAACUAUCCAGAAGCGGCUGACUCCUGCCAUUGGCAGACUGAUCCCGCGCAUUAUAUCGGAGCUGGAUCAUGCGUUCGACGUAGAGCUCCCUCCGUGUGAAGGAACAUUCGUUGCCAUCAAUCCGUAUGAAAUCUUCCUUCGGUUGAUUGCCCGUGUCAGUUCGCGAGUGUUCAUCGGCGACGAACUGUGUCGGGACGAAAAGUGGCUGCAAGCCUCGAUCGACUACACCAAAGACAUCUUCAUGACCAUUGCACUCCUCCGACCAGUGCCUGGCUUUCUUCAACCCUUCGUGGGGCGUCUACUGCCUUGCAGCCGACGUCUGGACCGGCAACUGGCCUAUGUCAAAAAGGAACUAUUAGGACCGGUGAUUGAGUGGCGCAGACAACGCGAAGCUUCCGGGGGCGAGGAAUAUGAGAAACCCGACGAUUUCUUGCAGUGGAUGAUGGAUUUGGCAAAAGACGACAAUGAAGGUCACCCGCAUAACAUCGCGCACAGACUCCUUGGGAUCACAAGUAUGGCGGUGGUGCAUACGAGCGCGAUGACUCUAACACACGCCAUGUACGAUCUGAUAGUCAUGCCAGAAUGGCAGGAACCACUCCGUGACGAAAUCCGCACUGCGAAUCCCAACUGGCGGGAGACCACACAGGCAGAAGUCCUAGCCCUGAGAUGCAUGGAUAGCUUCCUCAAGGAAUCACAGAGACACAACCCGCCUGGAGAAUUAUCCUUCCACCGAGUCGUGAAGCACGACCUGAGUCUAACAGACGGUCUCUUCUUGCCCAAGGGUACACACAUCUGCAUGGCCGCCGGGCCCAUCUCCCACGAUCCCGAGAUCGUCGCCGAUCCAGACACAUUCGACGCCUUCCGCUACGCGAAGGAGAAAAAAGCGACGUCGUCUCUCGUCAGCACGGGGCCUACUCAUAUGCAUUUUGGCCUCGGUCGGUAUGCAUGCCCCGGCCGCUUCUUCGCCACCCAUGUUAUGAAAGUGAUUUUGAGUCGGUUCCUCGUCGACUACGAGUUUCACUUCGAGGCUGGCCAGAGGGGACGACCUCAGAACGUGGUGAUCGGUGACAAGAUCAUCCCGAAUCUGACCACGCCGAUCUUGAUCAAGAAACGAGCUGCGGGCUUCUGA